AUGAAUAACUAUGAUCUUUUCUUAGGUUCAUAUUCCAAUACUGGUGAAUGGAAUAAUCUGAAUAAUCAACGUAUUUAUUCUGAUUUAGCAGGAACAAUACAUAAAUUUUCAUCUAUCAAAGACCAUAAUGUCAUUGCUAAACGCUUUCAAUCGCCGCUUGAUAUUUCUGAUCAAGAUCAACUGUUAUUGGAAGGUUAUCGUUUGGUAAAUUCUCAAGAUGCUGUUUCAUCAUUUCAAAUAGCCACCCAUGAUGCAGGAUCUACGGAUGGUAGUGGCAUGUCUACAGAAGACGAUAGUACAUCAGUGGCCGUAACCGAUACAACAGAUUCAACAACUACUAUUCAUUUAACUUCAAAUGAUUUUCAAACUAGUGCCUUGUCUACUCAUAUAAGCGAAACAACAUCUGAGCGUAGCCAAACAUCAUUGUUUAUUUCUACUUUACAAUCUGAUUCCUCGCCAUCCACUAUACUACCUAUCCAAAGUUCAAAUUCGAUCUCGAUCACUACUGAACAAAUAACGAAUGCAACUUCAUCUUCAACAACAACCACACCUAUACCUUUAGAUCAUACACAGUUUUAUUUAGAUUUUAGAUUCAAAGGGCAGCCUAAAAAUGUUGAUACUUCUCCACCUGAACCAUCAAUUUCGCAAGAACAAAUAUUAAGUAUUUUAAUUGAAAUGAAUAAUGCGUAUGAUACAACAAAUGUACAAAUAAGCAAUAUUACUUAUUUACCAAAUAUCAUUAUUCAAUAUAGUGUCAUGUUAAAUAUAUCAUUGAAUAUUAUGGAGCGUUUAUAUUUUGUUAUUCAAGCUUUCGAAACUAAUAUUAGUUCAAAUCCUAAUUACGGUUUGACCGUACGAGCUAUUAUCAAUACUGUAGCUAAUCACGAAGGUAAGUUUAAUGCUAAAACUAUAAAAGAAACAAAACAAUCAACAAAUACUAGACAGUUUACCAUUCCUCGAGCUUAUCUUCCAACAAUGGGCACUACAAGUCAAGGUGCAAUCGGUUUUACUGAUUUAAGUCAUAAUGCAAAUCAUACAUAUCCAUCUAAUUCAACAACAAUUUACAAUCCAAUUUAUCGUACAAAUGAAGAUUCUCAACAUACAUCAUUAUCAAGUAGUUCUAUACCACAAACACAAAUGCUUGGUAUAGCUGAUACAUUAAAUAGUUUUCCUCGUGAUCUAAUACAUAACCCAUCUGGAACAACUAGUUUAGUUUCGGAUUCGAAUGAUAUUGAUGAAAUUGAAUUUACUACUGAUAUGUUACAUGAUAUGAUAAAAGAUGAUGAUAAUAUGGAAGAUGAUUUCAUAGAAGCAAUCAAUCCUAAUGUCAUAAUACCAAGAUCAAUUACAUAA